AUGCCCUCCACGAUGAAGACCGCCCUCGUCGCCGCCCUGGCCGCAGUUGCCACCGCUUUCCCCACCGGCGCCAACAAAAGACAAGCUCCUCCCGCUCCCGGUGCUCCUCCUGCUGCUCCCCCGGCUGCCCCUCCCGCUGCUCCCGCUGCUGGAUUGACUGAUAUCGACAUUCUGCAAUUCGCUCUCACCUUGGAAUGGCUCGAGGGAACCUUUUACCAGCAGGGUUUCCAGAAGUUCCCUGCCAGUGACUUCAUGGCCCUCGGUCUCACUCAGGAGCAAGUCAACGACCUGCAGCAAGUCGGUGCUACCGAGCUGUCGCACGUCUCCUUCCUGCAAUCUGCCAUUGCUCAGGCCGGUACCCAGCCCGUCCAGCCCUGCCAGUACAACUUUGGCUUCACCGACGCCGCCAGCAUGGUAAAGACUGCCGCCAUCCUCGAGAAUGUCGGUGUCUCCGCCUAUCUCGGUGCCGCUCCCCUCGUCAAGGACAAGGCCAUCCUGGGCGCCGCCGGCUCUAUCCUCACCAUCGAGUCCCGUCAUCAGACCUUCAUCCGCGGAGCCUCCAAGCAGGUUGCUAUUCCCCAGGCCUUCGACGCUCCUCUCGGUGUCCGUGCCGUCUUCUCCCUGGCCGCGCCCUUCAUCACCUCCUGCCCGGCUGGCUCCAACCUUGCCCUGCAGCCCUUCCCCAAGCUGACCAUGACUGCUCCCGCUGCCCCCAGCGCUGUCGCUAUUGGUGCCCCCAUCGUGCUCCAGGCCGACACCGCCGCGCAAGCCAAGGCCUGUGCCUUCACUACCGGCGGUCUCCAGCCCGGCGGCACCACCUUCAGCCCCUUCAACCCCCAGACCGGUUGCGUCGUUCCCUCCGGCCUGAGCGGUAUCACCUACGUCUCCCUCACCAACCAGGCCCCGAUGACCGGCGUCCUCAGCGAUGACAUUACCGUGGCCGGCCCCAUGGUUCUUACCAUCUCAUAA